AUGCGUGUUCUGGGUGUAGUAGCCCUGGUGGCUACUUUUCUCACAACUACUGUCGUUGCAGAAUCAGCACAGGCACAACUAGCGGCCAUACUACCUACUUGUGCGCUGGAAUGCAUGGCCAUGUCCAUGACGCAUACAUCGUGUGCCGCCACAGAUCAGACGUGUCUGUGCAUGGAUACGAACUAUAGCGCCAUCCUCGAAGAAUGUGUCAUGACUAGUUGCACAAUCCGUCAAUCUCUGACAACGAAAAAUGUCACAGAAACUGCAUGCGGGGCUCCUAUCCGUGAUCGAACGGAUAUUGUAUUCUAUACUGGAGUCAUAGGCGGUGUAAUUGCUUUCAUCAUCUUUUUCCUUCGCAUGGUUGCUCGACUAAGGUGCUGCGGCGGGAUGUUUGGCUGGGAUGAUUUUACUAUGAUGCUGACAAUGUGCUUGGUUAUUCCACUCUCAGCACUCUCUGGCGUCUUGGCCGACACCGGCUUAGGACGAGAUAUGUGGACGCUCCCUUUCGAAAACAUCACCAAGAUCCUCUACGUUAGUAUGCUCAACAUGGAUUCAUUCUUCACGUCUGACCCGUAUCAUACACAGAUUUACUUCUGGGAUGAAUUGAUCUAUCUCAGCAUCCUACCGAUGACCAAAAUAUCGAUCUGCUGCUUCUACCUCCGAAUUUUCCCCGACCGCCAAUUCCGAAUUGUGACAUAUUGUGUGAUAGGACUGAACGUGGCAUAUUUGAUCGCCUUUGUAUUGAUCUCAGUGUUCCAAUGCUGGCCACUACCCUACGCAUGGCUCCACUGGGAUGGCGAGGGUAAUUACAAGUGCAACCAUAUCAACGCACAAGGAUGGUCUGCAGCUGCUAUUAACAUGAUACUCGAUAUACUGGUCAUGGCGCUUCCACUACGACAACUCUAUCACCUCAAUCUUUCAACCAGGAAGAAGGUGUACGUUAUGUGCAUGUUUGGCUUGGGUCUCUUCGUCACCCUCGUUAGCAUUUUACGACUGAAGUCGCUGAUUAACUUUGCUUCGACCACUAACCUGACAUGGGAUUAUGUGGCCAUCGGAUACUGGAGUACCAUUGAAUGCGACGUUGGUAUUAUCUGCGCAUGCUUACCCGCAAUCCGAUCCUUACUUCGCCGCGUGGCUCCAACGCUCUUUGGCGACACCGAAAAUGUCAAAUCAUAUGGCUUGAGCUCUUACCAGUCUCGUGGGGCUGGAUCGCGGUUUGAAGGACCAAUCUAUGUUCAUCAUGAUAUCCAUGUUCAUAGCAAGAGCGAUACUCGCCAAUUCUACCCUCUGGAUGAUUUGGCAAACUCCAGCGAGGCACGGCUCAACUGCAAAGCAUAG